GUAGUAUCAUUUAGCAUUCCUCUGAUCCUCGUAGUAGAGCUGUAAAAUUCCCCGUGACUCGGUUCUGGCGUCUAUAGUGCAAGUGAAUCAGCUGAGUGCGUGAGUGAGUGUCAUACAAAUUUUGAGGCACCAGCAAACAGAGAUACGAGGCUGGCACGAUGGUGAAGCUAUACAGCAUCUGCGUUCUGUACAAGGGGACGGAGAGUACCAGGAUACUCAAAUCCGCCUAUGACCUGCAGCAGUUUGGUUACUUCCAGCGGGGCUCCAUCCAGGAGUUCAUGGCCUUCACCAGCAAGAUCAUCACGGAGAGGAGUAACCCAUGCUCCAGACAGUCCAUCAAGGAGCAAGAAUAUAUGUGUCACGUGUAUGUGCGUGCUGACAACCUGACAGGCGUGGCCAUCUCUGAUCACGAGUACCUGUAUCGAGUGGCCCACAACAUGCUGAACAAGGUAUUGGAUGACUUUACGGCUAAGGUUCCCUCUCACCUGUGGCCCAACACGGAGGAGAGUAUGGUGCCCUACCCUGACUUGCCAGCCACACUUGCCCUCUGGCAAAACCCUCGUGAUGCUGACUCCCUCACUAAGGUGCAGGAGGAGGUGGAGGAGACUAAGAUUAUUCUACACAACGCCUUCACUGCUGUCCUUGAGAGGGGAGAGAAGCUCGAUGACUUGGUCUCAAAGUCAGAAAACCUCAGCUCACAGUCCAAAAUAUUCUACAAGACUGCUAAGAAGACUAACUCUUGUUGCAGCUUUGGAUAACAGGCUGCCCUGAGGGUGGGCUGGGCCAAGGCAGUGGUGGUGGUGGAGGAGCCUGAGGGAGAGGUGAAGGUUGGGUGCAAGUGUCUCCUUCAGUUAGCAAAAAGUAUGUAACCCAUAACUCCACCCUUCAUGAGAUGCCAGGCCAACCAGGUAAUGGAAGCAGGCAACACCACUGGAAUGUUAUGUAUUAAUGAUGACUGGCCAGAAGUUUGAGUAUAAAUAUUUUUGAAUUUUCAUUCUUACCCUCACUGAUGAGGAAACCCAGCAGAUAUUUGUCCAGAUGUGCCCCAUCAAGGCUGUCUGGAUGAGCAGGCUGUAUUUUAGCUGCUAUUGUGAUGAUGGAAAAGAAAAUAUUUUUUUAAAAAGAAUCUUAAUCUCAAAAAAAUAAUGUUUGCUAGGAAUUUUACUUUAUGGACAAAUCAUUCCUGCAAUAUGUUAAGGACACUUACAAGUUGCUUUCAGCAGUGACCAGUGCACAGGAAAGCAUUAAUGUUGACAAAUUAAGGUAAAUUAUUAAAUUGUUAAGUUACAAAUUUUGAAAAGGUGCUAUAACCUUUAAUUCUUCUGUGAAAUAUUUUAUUUAUAUCCCAUGUGGCCACUGUGAUUGCUGCCUGAAAUUAGAUGAGUCUCAUGUUUAAAAAGAGGAACUUGACAGACCACCAUGUGAGGCUCAGGGAGCACACCUGCCAUGCUUGCUGUACAAGUAAAGCUCUGCUGCCAGCCAUGCAUGUCAAGUGUAAAGUUUUGGUUAUCUUCAACCUAUCAUUUCUUUCAUUGGGGAUAUGUUCAGUGUAAUAAAAUCAUUCUCAGUUUGUUUUAGAGGAAUAUUCUAACCUUAUGUGGCUCAGCUGUGGAUGGCAAAGUCAGCCUGUGCUUUCCAUCACCCUGGUGUCCAUAUAAUAUUGACUGAACAUAGAAGUGUCUCUGUGUGAGCCAAUAACUGUUGAUGUGAAAGAAGUAUUGCUUGUAUGUUCCUCAUCACUCCCUCACACAGACUGCAAGGUCACAGGAUUACUAAAGCUGACUCUGCUACUAUGUGUGUUUGUGUGAGUGUGUAACUGCUGUUGAUGGUUUCCUGUAUGUGUAUCUGUGUGUGCAUUGUUGCAUGUGUGUGAGUGAUGUGUUUUGCUGACUUGUUGCUUGGUGUGUCAAGCCUGUCCAGGCAUUCGUGUGUGUUAACAGGAGCCUCCAUGUGUUAGGUGUGCAGCACUAUGUCUUACUGUUACUCAGUCUGAGGUGCACCAAGGUCUGGGAACACAAGGUGUGAGUAUGGGAUGUCACCAGUCUGGUAAAGAUAGGAACAUAGGAAAAUAAGGGAAGCUGCAAGAAGCUAUCAGGCCUACAAUUGGCUGUCCCUGUGAUGUAAUGCCAUGGCUCAAAGAUCCAUAUUAUUGAUGUCAAAAUAGUGGAUGUGUGACAUCACAACUUCAUGGUCACACCUUGUAUUCUGAGAGGCCUGCAGUGUGUGCCUCAAGUACUGUGAGUGUAUGUGUGGCCAUGUGGUCUAGCAGCAAGAAAACUGACACUAAUACUGUCAGAAGGUUUUACAGCAUUAGAACUAAAUAUCUCAAUACUAACUGCAAUGCUGAAUACAACAUGUUGAUAUUACAACUAGUUUAUCACUCAGAAUGGAGUGAAUGUGCAAGGCAGUACCAGAGAUGCUUAGACUGUCUUGUGUAGCCCUCAGAUAGGCAAGUCUGUAGGCACCAGCUUAUGUAUAAGAAGGAUGUAAUAUUUCAUAGGGAUCCAUGUUUGUAGAGACUCAUCUCAGACAGAUCUCAUCAUGUUAAUGGCUGUGUUGUCUCCAUCAAAUGAACUUGUAUAGCCUGGGAAUAAAGUCAAAUGUUCAUCA